GUCAUUCUCUCGACAUUCUCUCGAUUCUCUCAUUCGUGGAAGAAUCAUGUAUACGAUGUAUACUCAAUGACGAAAAUUUACUAAUAAAAGUUGAUUUCAAUGUCAGGAAAUUAAAGAUUGUUUCAUAUCCAGAAAACAAAAAUGUCGUCAAAGAACACUCCACCAGCGAAUUUGCCUUUCGAGCUCCAGUCAUUUUACUCAAACGAAUGCUACAUCUGUCGCAAAACGAUUGAAAAAGUUUCCCUCCAAAGAUGCAGCCGUUGUCAGAUGAUUUCUUACUGUGGCGAGGCACACCAGAGGAAGCAUUUUCAGGUUCACAAAGAUCUCUGCAAGGCAAUUGGAGAUAUGGCGAGAGAGAGAAAGAGUUCGAACAUUUUCAAAAGUCUCUGUAACACGGAUCCAAAAACUUGGAAAGCAGAAAAAGAAACGCUCUUAUCGGAAGCUCAGUCAAGAGUAUCGAGACCUCUUCUUCCUUACGAGCGCCUGAUGUUUAUUUUUCCACGGUGCUGUCUCAUUUGUCACGAUUCGACACAGGAUUCACUAAUCGAUUGUAAAGAAUGUCCAGCUAUGAGCUUUUGCAGAAAACACCAAAACGAUCCAAAUCACAGAAGGUCCCAAGAAUGUUUCUGGAUAGAGCAUUGCCAAAUGUUGGAUGCUGAUCUGAAAGGGUAUACAAGGGCAACCUUCAUCGACAAAAUCCAAAGCCUGAUAUCCUGCAUUCCCAUGAACGAAGUUUCGAAAAAGAAAAGAGCUCUGAAUCUUCCAGGAUCGAAUGAAGAAUUUUUAGAGCAGUAUAUGAAAUCCGAGAUUGAAAUUCCUCAAAUCACCAAGUUCCACGCGUCUGAAUUCUUCGCUCAACCCUUGACCGUCUUCAAUGCUCUCCAGAGGUUGAAUCUUCCGAAUUACCAGGCUCAGAAUCAGGAAAAAUCCGAAAUGGUCAUUCAUGCGAUUGGUUGUGAUCUGGAAUUUGAUCGGCCCAUAUUUUGGGAGAUAUUGUUGCAUCUGCUGCCAAACUUGAAGACUUUGAAAGUCAUGAUUACUGAUCAGGAUUCAGCAGGAGGGAUCCAACCCAACAUCUGCAGUCUUUGUCACUCCAGGAAAAAAGAAUUGCUUGUUGAGACUCUAGAUAUUUCGUAUGAAGAAUACUUGGAUGAUAAAGCUUCUUCUGAUUCCGACGAUUGGAAAAUCAAAAAGAAGCCGGAUCUGGUUCUUUUUUACGACUUCACUCCUUUGAAAGUGGAUGAUGAGAAGUGGACGGAUAUUUUUGAAACUUGGGGAAAAGUGGAAUCUCAUUUGGUGAUAACAGCACAAGGUCCGGAAAAAAUUACGGAAAUUUGGGCAAAGUUGAAGUCUUAUUUUGGGGGAUCUGUGAAUAUUAUUUUAAAGGAAUGGAAUAAUUUCUCGAGCAUAAGGCCUCGUAGAGAUGAGGAAAAAUUCGGGACAAUUUAUACGAAAUGCCAGUGUUGGAUUAUUUGUAAAAUUUUUAGAAAAGCGAUUGAAGAGAUGAAAAAGAAGAAAUGCACAAAGUGUGGAGAGAUGAACUUGUUUCUGGAUGAUCAAAUGACUUGUAACAAGUGCACCGAAAAGACAAAAGCUUAUUUUGAUGCUCAAGUACUGGUUAGGAUGAAUGCGAGUAAUCUUUAUUAUCAGAAUUCCUGUCAUAUUUGUAGAAGUAGGCCCGAGAGUUUACUUGCUUGCAAGAGGUGUGGGAUGAUUUCUUACUGCGGGGAACAACAUCGCAAGGAACAUUGGACUCAACAUCGCGACUUUUGCAAGGUAAUUAUCGGAAUGCAGAAAGAGAUAGGAUCCUCGAACCUCUUCGAAAGCCACAAAUCGGCAGAUCCCGAAACCUGGCUUCGAACAAAAGUCAACUUAAUGACAAAGGCCCAGUCAAAACUAGGAAGACCGCUCUUGAAUUACGAGCAGGAGAUGUUCAAGUUUCCCAAAGUCUGUCUCGUUUGUCGCGAGACUAACCCCAAACUUUUACAAAGAUGUGACUGUGAAAUGAGCCUGUGCAAAAAGCACAAAGAAUGCCCUCGUCAUACUUUAAUAUGUGAAGCAAUGAUGCAUUCCUACAGUUACGAAUUGAGCUUCACAGCUUGCAGCUUGGCCCCUUCACCUCGAGAAGCAUUCGCUCCACUUCUCCAAGUCUCUAUCGAUAAAAUUCCACAUCUCGCGGAAUUUCGGAUUCUCCCGCCCACGAUAGAAUUAUUCAUUGCCCUGUUUCUCAAACUCAAUGAAAAAAUGGAGAAAAUCUUCCAGUCCCAGAGAAACAUUCCCAGCAUGCGGAACGUUCUCGUCUCGAAAUAUUUUUCCAAACCUCUCUCCUUGAUUUACGCCUUUGAAAAAUUGAAGAGACCUGCAGAUGAGAAACUUGUCAUCCACGUGAUUGGUUCCUGCAACGAGGAAGUGGACGGUGCAAUUUUUUGGGAGACUUUACUUCACUGGUUGCCGAAUUUGAGGAAAAUCAGGGUUAUCCUAAUCAGCCCGGAAUUGCCGAGACAAGCAAAUUUUGUGAAUCUUUGUGAUGCUUGCCAGAACUAUGGAUACCAGUACUAUCUCGGAGUCUAUGGAUUGCAUUAUGAGGAAUAUCUGGAGAGUGAAUUUUACAGAAAGCCAGAUAUUGUUAUGGGUUUUAAUCUUGAUAUCCAUGAAAGCGAUUUUGGAUUCGUUGAGUGCACUUGGAAGGAAUCAAUCCUGGCGAUUGCUAAGCAGAAUGUCCCAUUUAUUUUGACUUCAGCGUCUAAGGAUAGAGCUCGUAGGGAGAACGAAAAGCUGAGUCAAAUGCUGGGAAAGGAUGUUAAAUCUGUUUGGAUGGACAGGAAUCCUCAUAAGUGCUUGCAGCCUUAUCGGGAUUAUGAAUCUGAACGAGUUAUGUAUUUCAACGAGUAUUUGGCGAUUUAUACUGAUUUGAGCACCGGAAAAGAGCAGAGAGAACCUGGAGAAAAAGUUCAGAUCAAUAUGAGGAAGGAGGGAGUGAGUGAUUUGAAAGACAGUUUGGAGAAAUUGUGGAUCUCAGAAUCAGGAGAGAUUAAGUCGAGUAAGAAGAAGAAAAAGAAGAAGAAGGAAAAAGUUGAAGUCGAGAAAAGUCUUCAGACUAAGGAAAAGAUUUUACCGAAGGAUAGUCUAGCGACUCUAGACAACGAAGAGGCUGCGCCGGAGGAAAAAAUCCAGUCGGAGGAAAAAAUCCAGUCGGAGGAAAAAAUUCAGUCGGAGGAAAACACUGUUCAGAAGAAAGACAUUUUGUUGAAGGAUAAUAUUCUAUUCAAAGAUAAUAGUCUGGCGAGAGAAGAACUUCUGCCCAAGGAAAAUAUCCGUAAGGAGGAAAAUACUAUUGAGAAGGAAGAGAAGAUUCUACACAGAGAAAAUAUUGCACCAGCUGAAGGGGAGAGUACUUCACAGAAAGAAACUGCUUUAGAAGAGGAAAUAAUUUUUCUAACGGACACUAAACUCUUGAAAGAAAAUCGCUUUUUGGACGAAGUCAAUAAGAAACUAAAGGAGAAAAAUUCGGAACUGAAGGCGAAAAAUAUGAGCCUUAAGGAGAGAAAUCAAGAGUUGAAGGACAUCCGAAGCGAAGUUAAGGAAUCUUUAUCUCUAGCUGAGAAAGAAAAAUAAUAAUUUUUCGAUUUUACCUUCUUUUGAAACUUUGGUAGACUUCAUUCCCCAGAGUAUAUUUUUUUAGGUUUAAACUA